CGCCACCAUGUCCCUGCACGGCAAACGGAAGGAGAUCUACAAAUAUGAAGCGCCCUGGACUGUCUACGCCAUGAACUGGAGCGUGCGGCCCGACAAGCGCUUUCGCCUGGCGCUGGGCAGCUUCGUGGAGGAGUACAACAACAAGGUUCAGCUUGUUGGUUUAGAUGAAGAGAGUUCAGAGUUUAUUUGCCGAAACACCUUUGACCACCCAUACCCCACCACAAAACUCAUGUGGAUUCCUGACACAAAAGGCGUCUAUCCAGACCUUCUGGCGACGAGUGGUGACUAUCUCCGCGUGUGGAGGGUUGGUGAGACCGAGACCAGGCUGGAGUGCUUGCUAAACAAUAACAAGAACUCAGACUUCUGUGCUCCCCUGACCUCCUUUGACUGGAACGAGGUGGAUCCUUAUCUUUUAGGUACCUCGAGCAUUGACACUACCUGCACCAUCUGGGGCCUGGAGACCGGGCAGGUGCUGGGACGAGUGAACCUCGUGUCUGGCCACGUGAAGACCCAGCUGAUUGCCCAUGACAAGGAGGUCUAUGAUAUUGCGUUCAGCCGAGCCGGAGGGGGCAGGGACAUGUUUGCCUCUGUGGGUGCGGAUGGCUCUGUGAGGAUGUUUGACCUCCGCCAUCUGGAACACAGCACCAUCAUUUACGAAGACCCACAGCAUCACCCACUGCUUCGCCUCUGCUGGAACAAGCAGGACCCUAACUACCUUGCCACCAUGGCCAUGGAUGGAAUGGAGGUGGUAAUUCUGGAUGUUCGAGUUCCCUGCACACCUGUCGCCAGGCUGAACAACCACCGAGCAUGUGUCAAUGGCAUUGCUUGGGCCCCACAUUCAUCCUGCCACAUCUGCACCGCAGCGGAUGACCACCAGGCUCUCAUCUGGGACAUCCAGCAGAUGCCUCGGGCCAUCGAGGACCCAAUCCUGGCCUACACAGCUGAGGGCGAGAUCAACAAUGUGCAGUGGGCCUCCACUCAGCCCGACUGGAUCGCCAUCUGCUACAACAACUGCCUGGAGAUACUCCGUGUGUAGUCUCGGUGGCGCCUCACCUGCCGGGCCGGGCCUUGUGUGUUUCAGUCUCUGCCCCCUCCCUCCCCACGUAAGAAGAACAUGUUUCCAGUGGCCAGUAUGUCUCUUGUUGCUUUACACCCACUGUGUCCAGAAGCUGCUGUAGGAGUCCAGGCCAGUUGCCCCUGGCUGUCUGUGCAGGACUGUGUGCUGUGCGGUGCACCGCAGCCCAGGGCUGGGUUUCACGAUUUCUCUGCUUUCCUCUUCUUUGCUUCUUCAAUUAAACAUUUCUGUAUA